AUGGACUUGCAGAUGCUUAUGUUUUAUCCAUACCAAGCGCAGUUUUAUUAUUUCACAGUCCUCUUUGGCCAUGAAGGGCAGAAGCCUCUUGAGCUCCGUUGUGAGGAAGAAGCAGAUGGAGAAGAGUGGGUGGAGGCUAUUCAGCAAGCCAGCUAUUCAGAUAUCCUGAUUGAGAGGGAAGUAUUAAUGCAAAAAUAUAUCCAUCUAGUUCAAAUUGUAGAGACAGAAAAGAUUUCAGCAAAUCAGCUACGUCAUCAGCUUGAAGAUCAAGACACAGAAAUUGAAAGGCUUAAAUCAGAGAUUGUAGCUCUCAAUAAAACAAAAGAACGAAUGAGACCAUAUCAAGGCAAUCAAGAAGAAGAAGAUCCAGAUAUUAAAAAGAUUAAAAAGGUUCAGAGCUUUAUGCGUGGUUGGUUGUGUAGAAGAAAAUGGAAGACAAUUGUUCAAGAUUAUAUUUGUUCUCCACAUGCAGAAAGUAUGCGAAAAAGAAACCAAAUAGUUUUCAACAUGGUUGAGGCAGAAUCUGAAUAUGUGCAUCAACUUUAUAUCCUUGUGAAUUGUUUUCUAAGGCCCUUAAGAAUGGCUGCAAGUUCAAAGAAACCACCUAUUAGUCAUGAUGAUGUUAGCAGCAUCUUCCUCAACAGUGAAACUAUAAUGUUCCUUCAUGAAAUAUUUCAUCAAGGAUUAAAAGCAAGAAUAGCAAACUGGCCUACCUUAAUUUUAGCUGAUUUAUUUGAUAUUCUUUUACCAAUGCUGAAUAUAUAUCAAGAAUUUGUUAGAAAUCACCAGUAUAGCCUACAGGUGCUGGCAAACUGCAAGCAGAACAGAGAUUUUGACAAACUCUUAAAGCAAUAUGAAUCCAACACUGCAUGUGAAGGCAGAAUGCUUGAAACAUUCCUUACCUACCCUAUGUUUCAGAUUCCUAGAUAUAUUAUCACCCUUCAUGAACUUCUAGCUCAUACACCACAUGAACACGUGGAAAGGAAAAGCCUUGAGUUUGCUAAAUCUAAACUGGAAGAACUUUCAAGAAUAAUGCACGAUGAAGUGAGUGAAACAGAAAAUAUACGGAAAAAUCUUGCAAUAGAAAGAAUGAUAGUAGAAGGUUGUGACAUAUUAUUGGACACCAGCCAGACUUUUAUACGACAAGGAACUCUUAUUCAAGUCCCAUCAGUUGAGAGGGGAAAACUUAGUAAAGUUCGCCUGGGAUCAUUGUCUUUGAAAAAAGAAGGAGAAAGGCAAUGUUUUCUAUUUACAAAGCACUUUUUAAUUUGUACAAGGAGCUCUGGAGGAAAGUUGCAUCUACUUAAGGCAGGAGGCGUCCUUUCACUAAUAGAAUGCACACUGAUUGAGGAAACUGAUAUGAAUGAUGAUGAAUCGAAAAGUUCUGGGCAAGUAUUUGGGCACCUUGACUUCAAAAUUGUGGUAGAUCCUGCAGGUGCACCUCCAUUUACAGUGGUCCUUUUAGCCCCUUCGCGGCAGGAAAAAGCAGCAUGGACCAGUGACAUUAGUCAGUGUGUUGACAACAUACGGUGCAAUGGUUUAAUGACAAUAGUAUUUGAAGAAAAUUCCAAAGUCACUGUGCCACAUAUGAUCAAGUCUGAUGCCCGUCUUCAUAAUGAUGACAUUGACAUCUGCUUCAGCAAAACUCUGAACUCCUGCAAAGUACCACAGAUUCGUUAUGCAAGUGUUGAACGCCUUUUGGAAAGACUAACAGACUUGAGAUUUCUCAGUAUUGAUUUUCUUAAUACUUUCCUACAUACUUACCGCAUAUUUACUAAUGCAACAGUUGUACUGGAAAAACUGUCUGAUAUUUACAAACGGCCUUUCACCUCAAUCCCUGUCAGGUCUUUGGAACUGUUUUUUGCUACUAAUCAAAACAAUAGAGAACAUAUGGCUGAUGCAAAGUCGCCACACCUCUGCCGCAAGUUUUCUUCCCCUCCACCUUUAUCUCUCUCUAGGACAUCUUCACCUGUUAGAACAAGAAAAUUAUCAUUAAAUUCUCCACUAAAUUCAAGAAUAGGAGCAUUAGAUCUAUCUGCUUCUUCUGUUAGCAGUCCUACCUCAACAUACAGCCCUGGAACAUCAUCACCACCCAUGUCAACUAAAGUGCCACUGGAUCUAAGCAAAAGCCCUUCAUCUCCAGAGCAAAGCCCUGGUUUCUCAGAAGACAAUUCCGAAAAUCCACGCAAUGAGCUUUGCAAUAAGCUACGAAGAAGUAUUCGAAGAGCAGGAGUUUUGGAAUCUGUACCAGUUGAUCAUCCUAUCCCAGAAAGUGCCUCAACAGUAGAUCCUCCUGAGCUGUCUCCAUGCAGAUCCCCUUCAACUCCACGACAUCUACGUUACCGGCAGACAGGAGUACAGGUGACUGACAAUGGUCAUUGUUCUGUUUCUCCUGCUUCUGCUUUUGCUAUUGCUACAGCUGCAGCUGGUCAUGGAAGUCCACCAGGAUUUAACAAUUCUGAACGAACAUGGGAUAAGGAGUUCAUAAUAUGUCGUGCAGCCACUAAUCGUGUCCUGAAUGUCCUUCGCCACUGGGUGUCAAAACAUUCUCAGGAUUUUGAAUUAAAUAAUGAAUUGAAGAUGAGUGUUCUUAAUCUACUAGAAGAGGUUUUGAGAGACCCUGACCUUUUGCCACAAGAAAGGAAAGCUACAGCAAAUAUCCUUAGGACACUUUCUCAGGAGGAUCAAGAUGACACACACUUAAAAAUAGAAGAUAUAAUGCAGAUGCUAGAGUGUCCAAAACCAGAAUGCUUUGAAACAUUAUCAGCGAUGGAACUUGCUGAACAAAUAACUCUCUUAGAUCACAUUGUCUUCAGAAGCAUACCUUAUGAAGAAUUUCUUGGGCAGGGUUGGAUGAAAUUGGAUAAAAAUGAUAGAACACCUUACAUUAUGAAAACCAGCCAACAUUUUAACGAUAUGAGCAACCUUGUAGCAUCCCAAAUUAUGAAUUACACUGAUAUCAGUUCCCGUGCUAAUACCAUUGAGAAAUGGGUUGCAGUGGCAGAUAUUUGCCGAUGUAUGCACAACUACAAUGGUGUCCUUGAAAUCACAUCAGCCUUGAACAGAAGUGCAAUCUACAGACUAAAGAAAACCUGGGCAAAGGUUUCUAAACAAACUAAAGCUCUUAUGGAUAAACUUCAAAAGAUUGUGUCAUCUGAGGGAAGAUUUAAAAAUCUGAGAGAAACACUCAAGAAUUGCAACCCUCCUUCGGUGCCAUAUCUUGGGAUGUACCUCACAGAUCUGGCUUUUAUUGAAGAAGGAACACCAAACUUUACUGAAGAAGGCCUCGUCAAUUUUUCUAAAAUGCGAAUGAUAUCGCAUAUUAUCAGGGAAAUACGUCAAUUCCAACAGGCUUCCUAUCGAAUAGACCAUCAACAAAAGGUCACUCAGUACUUGUUGGACAAAAGCCUCAUCAUAGAUGAGGACACACUGUACGAACUAUCUCUAAAAAUUGAGCCCAGACUGCCAGCCUGA